AUGGAACGCACACCCAAAGCAGAAUAUACUCAACUGAACAGACUUAUUGCUCCAAAGAGCGAUCAUGUCUUGAAAUUGCUUCAAGACUCUAUGCAGUUUACGCAUUCAAACUCUUCAUACCAUUCAUCACAACUUUUUGCACCUCAGCCACAACCAAUUGGUUCAUCAAACAGUAUAACUGAUAAUCGCCUGAUACCAUCUCCUCCUCAAUCACCAAAAAAUAAUGAACCCUCUUCGAAUAGCAGUCUUGACGAACGGAUUGAAGACAAUUCAGAUAGUAUUGUGGUAAAAGCAGUUUGGGACCCAGAACUGACAACAAGAAACUAUCGUUACAUUACACACAGCUUCCUGUCGCAGUACAGAUUUCAAGCCUCUGUAAUGAAGCAAAAGAAAAAUCAUAGGAAUUCUCCAGCUGGUAUUAGAAAAGCUGCAUCACUCAAACAUGCUUCCUCCAGUUCAGAUAUCGAAAAGAGCUAUAGAAGAACACGUACCAUCACAAGACCAACUAGAUCUUUGGAGGAACACGAUAAGUCGGAACAAGAUUCGACACGUUAUUAUAGUCCUCUUUUAUCGCAAAGAUCCAAGAGUACGACAUCAAGUAAACAAUUAAAAAAACUAAAACCUACUCUAUCUUCUCCAUUAGCUUCUGCAAAGGUCAUCAGUAAUGUGCCACAAUAUGUUCCAACUAUGUCAUGGCAAAAGUUGCCAGAUUACGCACCAUCACUUGAUACUCUACCAAAGAACAAUGAUAAGUGUUUGAAGGUAGAGUGGAAAGGCUCCUCCAUGGAUCUUGCAGAUGAUCCUCUGAAGGAGGAACUACAUCCUGCAGAAUUGUUGUUAGCCCAAAUUUUAAGAUUACCCUGUGAUCUAUAUUUAGACUCUAAGAGAAGGUUUUUCCUGGAAAAGGUUCAUAGAUUCAAGAAAGGAUUGCCAUUUAGAAGAACUGAUGCCCAAAAAGCUUGCAGAAUAGAUGUAAACAAAGCCUCUAGAUUAUUUGCUGCUUUUGAAAAAGUUGGUUGGCUACAGGAUUCGCAUUAUCAAAAGUAUCUUUAA